AUGUUUCCUCAGAGUAACCUCCUUAUCAGCCUCUCUCACUUAUCCUUCAUUGACCUCCCUCCUCCUAUCAAUCAUCUCAGCAUAGAUCCUUUACCUUCCGACAUCAAAACCCGUUUCCUCAUCAUUUCCGACACCCACGGCCACGAACUCCCUACCGGAUACUCUCAGCACGAGGCAGACGUCGCCAUCCACUGCGGAGAUCUAACCGACGGAGCAAAACUCGACGAGUUCAAGACCGCUAUCACGCUUCUCCACAGUAUCAAAGCGCCGCUCAAGCUCGUCAUCGCCAGCAACCAUGAUUUCACCAUGGACAUUCCCGUCUUUCGCGGAAAAGUCGCCGAGAUAAGACCGCCAGUUGAACGAGAACUAAUCAAAAAGGAAUACGGAGAUUACGGCGAAGUCAGGGAAGUAUUAUUCCAACAAGCCGGAAGCAGUGAGAUCAUCUUCCUAGAUGAAGGCUCCCACACCUUCACACUACCAAACGGCGCUUUACUGAAAGUCUACGCCAGCCCGUACACCCCAUCCCUCGGCAACUGGGCUUUUGGAAACUGGGGCUUCCAGUAUCCUCCGGAGACGGGUCAUACAUUUGACAUUGCCAACGACGUUGACAUUGUGAUCACGCACGGCCCGCCUAGAGGGAUCAUGGACACCACAUGCACGGGAGUACGGGCCGGUUGCCCUAGCCUCUUCGAGGCCGUUGCCCGAGCUCGGCCUCGUAUGCAUUGCUUCGGUCAUGUCCAUCAGGGCUGGGGAGCGAAGCUCGUAGCCUGGAGGCCGAAAAUCAGCGAGAGACCUUCGAAUCUCACCAAUAUCGACAACGGGAGGUCGAAAAUCAUACGAAAUCUGUCCCAAGUUAACCUUGGAAUGAGCGUCCUCGAGACCAGUCAUUGCACCCAAGAUGAGUAUCCCCUAAAGAAUAAAUCUCACACGUUGUUCGUUAACGCCGCCAUCGAGGGCAACCAUUCUCACCCGAUAUGGCUCGUUGAUCUCGAGCUUCCACCGGCCGUGUAA